CGCUACCUCCCCGGGCGGGGCUGCGCUGCAAGGGGCGGGGUGCACAGUCUUUCCGCGUUGGGGAGCUGGGCGGGACUGUUACGCGGACUUGGAGCUGUGGUUUGGCGGGAUUCUGGCCUUACCCAACCCUUGUUUGUUUUGUGAGUGCGGAGCUGCUCUAAGGUCCAGGGAUUUGUGUCGUCCCGCGCUCGUCACCGAGAAGGGUACUCCUAGGGUCCAGGUUCCCUAGCGACGGCGCUCCUCCCUCCUAGGGGCUGAGUAGCGGACUGGAGGCUUGCUGCUCUGGUAUCUGCGUCCCGCCCAAGAGCCAGCAGUCAUUUGUGUAGCACCGGACCCGGCAUCAGGAGACCUGGUUUCUAAUCCCUCCUGUCUCACUAAAAAGCUGUGUGAUCUUGGAAGUUAAGUGAAAAUGAUACAAGUUAGAAGACAUGAAACAAGAAAAAAUUCUAAGACUCAAGAACAUGAGCAGAAAUCUCGAGUUGAUUGGAGGCGGACUAAAAGAAGUAUCUCACAGUUAUUUAAUAGUGAUGAAGACCUUGAUACUGAUGAAGAUCUUGAUAGUGAUGAAAAUCUUGAUAGUGAUGAAGAGCUUGACAGUGAUGAAAGUAUUAACAGUGAUGAAGCACUUGCUAGUAAUAAGGCACUUGAUAGUAAUAAAAAGCCAGAAAAUGAAAGAGAACUUAAAUUAAUUAAAGCUGAAAGUGAAGGAAACAGCUGUGAGCAUCUCAUUAACACAAGCAACAGUUCAACAUAUGAAGAAGAAAAGAACAAAACCAAACAUAGUAGUAUUGACUUACCAGAUCAUGAAAAGCACUCAAGUCAAGAGGAUGAUGAUCUUAACAAACACACUGAACAAAUAACAGAGGAGGAUGUAGAAGAAGAACACAUUAAGCGAGGGAAGAGAAAACGAAUCUCCUCUGUGAUGUCUGACAGUGAUGAGAGUGACGACAGUGAUAUCCUAGUUAAAAAAGUAGGUGUUAAACGUCCACGUAGAGUGGUUGAAGAUGAAUGUUCUUCGGCAGAGAUAGAAAAUCAACCUGAAAAAACAUCAGCUGCAAGAAAACGAGAACAACUCCAGAAACUGAAAGAACUCUCAAAACAAAGAUCUCGUCAGAGACGCAAUAGUAGUAGAGAUUUUGAGGACUCUGAAAAGGAAUCCUGCCCAAGCAGUGAUGAAAAUGAUGAUGAGGAAGAGGAUGAUUAUGAAUCUGAUGAAGAUGGAGAUAAUUAUGUUAUGGAUGGCUUUGUAGUACAAGAUGAAGAGGGUGAUGGAAAGAGUGAAAGUCAGCAAGGAGAAAAUUUGACUACAUCACAACUGAAAUUAGUAAAACAAAAUUCUCUUUAUUCUUUUAGUGACCACUAUACUCACUUUGAAAGAGUUGUGAAGGCUCUUCUGAUCAAUGCUUUAGAUGAAUCAUUUCUGGGAACAUUAUAUGAUGGUACCAGGCAAAAAUCAUAUGCACAAGACAUGUUGACAUCUCUUCAUUAUUUGGAUAACCGCUUUGUUCAGCCUCGUUUAGAGAGUUUAUCCUCUAGAAGUCGUUGGAAAGAGCAGUAUAAGGAGCGUGUAGAAAAUUAUUCUAAUGUAAGUGUCCAUAUGAAGAAUCCUGAAAAUUGUUCCUGCCAGGCUUGUGGAUUGCAUCGCUACUGUAAAUAUACAGUGCAUUUAUCGGGACAAUUGUAUAAUACCAGGACUAUGGAAACAGAUGAUUUCAUGUCACAUGAUAAACAGGUAUUUGUUGUUGGCAGAAUUUGUGCUGAACGUACCAAAAUUUAUCAUAAACUGAAGCAUUUUAAAUUCAAGUUGUACCAAGAAUGUUGCUCCAUGGCAAAGACAGGAGAAGUUGAAGAUGAACAAGUUAAAGAAACAGUAGAAAGAAUUUUCAGUCAGUCAAAAGAGAGUGGCUGGAUUGAGGAGAGAUAUGGUCAACUUCAAGAAUAUCUCAAUGAUGCGGAUUACUUUCAAGAUGAGAAGUUUGAAUUGUAACACAUUUCCUUCAGAGAAGAUUUUAUAAAUUCCUGUAAAUGUGAAGAUCAUGACUUUUGUUGCUCUGUAUCAUGUAACAUUUAUAUAUUGUAUGUAUGUCUUCAUGGCAAAAUAUCUUGUUUAAAACAUGUUCACCUUAAUUUCCAUGAAGUGGCACUCUACAGUCUAAUAAAACUUUUCAUCUGCUGUACAUAGAGAACAUAAGCUUAAUAAUUUUAAGUGUGUUUUGAAGUUAUAUAACAAUACCUUUACGACAGAUGAUUACCAUGUGAAUAGCCAUUCAUGUCCUGUCACUUUAGUAGAAAAAUACUGUAUUUUUAAAAUGUACAUAGACCAUCAUUGAUGUGUAUUUAUUGCUGAAUCCCUGCCUAUAUCGAUUUAUUAGUGUGUCUUCACUAAUAAAUUUUUUUACUACUAUCAUUUAAAUCAGUGGGCCAUGGCAGAAACCUCACUUUGUUGUUCAGUUCAGUGCCCUUGCUCAGAAUCAGGCUGUGGUUUACCCAGUCCAAAUAAAGCAGAUUUCAGGCCUGCAGAGUAUUCACUGUCACUUCAGGAAUAAUUUCAUAACAUGUGUUUCAUGCUUCACAAUGUUUUCUUCUUCUGUUCAAUUUUGUCUGUAUGUUAACGAUUAAGAUGUAUUUUAUCUUUAUCCAUAAUUUUUCCAUGUAAGUAUUUAUGUUAGAAUCAGAAAAUCUCAGAGAGAUAGAUUCAGCCAAAAGUAGUUUAAAAGCAUAUUUUGACCCUGACCAGGUAGCUCAGUUGGUUAGAGCAUCACCCCCAUACUCAAAGGUUGUUCUAUCCCCAGUCAGGGCACAUGUAAGAAGCAACCAAUGAACGCAUAAAUAAGUGGGACAACAAAUUGAUCACUCUCUCGUGCACUCUCUCUCCCUUCCUCUCUCUAAAAUCAAUAAUAACAAAGUCCCUAAAUAAAAAAGCAUAUAUUUUGGCAUCUUCAUUGCUUUGCACAUCUAAAUUGUCUCAUAAUAAAGUAAAAUGGCUUCAGAGUGAA